AACACCAACAAUACCAACAACAACAACAGCAGCAGCAACACCAACAACAAGUGCAACAGCAACAGUUGCGACAGCAGCGGACUCGGCGGCAGCAAUCGCAGCAUCUGGAGCCGCAGCCAAUCGCGGCCCAUUUGCGAUGACUUUGCCGAGCGGCCGCUGGCCGAGGUGGAGCAGGAGAUGGAGCGCUCCUGCGGCUAUCAUACGUGCAGCAGUGCAGCAUCGACGCCCACCAAGCACCAGCUGCGCCGCACCCAGGAUAUGGAGCUGGCCAAUCGGAGCAGCGCGAGCUCCACCCGUCUGGAUCUGUCGCCGGACGUGGGCAACCUGGAAUGGGAGAUGUACAUGAUGCAGCACGCACAGCGCAUCAUGCCGAAGACCUCGUCGCCCGUCUGCCAGCGACGCGAUGUCACCAUCGAGCUCAAUUCGCGCUCCUACCACAAGUGGCGCAACUAUUUGCAGAGCACGCCGGCCCACAUGCUGCACAAUGUCAGCCACAUACCGGAGGCGAUUGCCGGCCACUUCUGUCCCGUCGACUUUCCCGCCUUCACCGAUCUCGAGGGCGAGAUGGAGAGUGCGGCCAAGCGCUUCAAGGUGGAUACGGAAGCGUCUGUCUCCGAGGACGGCUAUCCCAUGCAGCCGAUACAGUUUCAGACACACACCAUCAGCACCGAUCUGUGAGCAGGACAACUGGACGGGCUCCGCCUGGUACGGAGCCGUUGCAGUUGUUCACACACACACACACACGCACAGACGCCAUUCCAUUGAUCGAUUGCUGGCCGCUGGCAACAGGUUGUCAGUCAGUCGAUCAACCAAGCAGUCAAUCAACCGCAACUGUUCAACAGUUAGACAAUCACAAAAGCAAGCAAUAGCUCAGUCGAUCAGCGCAACAUUUUGAAAAUAGUUGUCCAUCAAACGAACCAGCUCCCAAUCAAGCAGUCAAUUACAAUCCUGUAUAUACGUAUAUCUCUGUGUAAAUAAUUAACGACAAUUGCCUAGCAAACAAAAAUAUCUACUCUUAAA